GGCGCUCCCACCCGUCCUAGAAAUUAAAGAGCUAGGGUGAAUGCGCAUGCGCGGUUAGGAGGAAACGGCUGAGGUUCAUUUCAUGCUAUGUGUGGUCGACUUCGUACCGAUCCAGAGUGAGAGAGCGAGGGACAGAGAGUAAGGAAAAGGGAGUUUAGGAUUCACGCUUUGGGUCAGCCAACUGAACGUGUUGCUUAAACUGCAAGAGGAGAACACGAAACGUCUGUAAUGACAGCAGAGUCAAGUGAAUUGAGUGAAUAAACACAAGCGGCAUUGCGCGGCUGAUAGCAAGAGAGGCAGACAGAUCCGAGAAGAGAAGAGAGGAAAAGGGAUAUCCAGUCGGACUAACUAGUUGGGUUGCCCCGAGAGCGUGGACAAGGCUGUAAACCAGCUUCUGCAAAACCAGGGAGGCAUGAGACUACAAUUAAUGAAUGGCAGCGCUGGGUUUUAAUGAUUAAAAUUGCACGUGAUUUUAAUUUCUUGAAGGAUGAGAAAGGAAAUGUGUUUCAGAUUAAAACAUGGCGGAUGCUGACCUGGACUUCACAACAGGCGAUGCUGGUGCCUCUGCUACCUACCCCAUGCAAUGCUCUGCCCUGCGCAAAAAUGGUUUUGUGGUGCUAAAAGGUCGACCAUGCAAGAUUGUGGAAAUGUCCACAUCUAAGACCGGCAAACAUGGACAUGCCAAGGUUCACAUGGUGGGCAUUGACAUCUUCUCUGGCAAAAAGUAUGAGGAUAUCUGUCCCUCAACCCACAAUAUGGAUGUCCCUAAUAUCAAAAGAAUGGACUACCAGCUUAUUGGCAUACAGGAUGGCUACCUGUCUCUGCUCCAGGACAGUGGUGAGGUCAGAGAAGACCUAAAAAUGCCAGAAGGAGACCUGGGCAAAGAGAUAGAAAGCAAGUUUGAUGCCGGUGAGGAAAUCCUGAUCACUGUCCUGUCUGCUAUGAAUGAGGAGGCUGCAGUAGCUAUCAAAGCCAUGGCUAAAUAAAACACAGCAGGUAUAUGGAGCUCUUACAGCUGUGUGCAAAUACUCACCUGCUAACUAGGCCCAGAGCGACUGUGCCUCACCAGUGUGCUUGCAGCAAAGCACUUAUUCAAAUGUUUACUUUUACUUUACACAAUGAAACAAACCUUGUAAUAAUAUUAUUAUUAUAUUAUUAUGAUUGUCAUCUUUGUCUAGAUGCAAUCAAUAAUCAGUCCAGGAUGUUUAAUAAUGUAUAUAAAAGGGUUUUAAACAAGGUUUUAUAAUGGAAGCCCACUUUACAUAGAAUACUUUGCUGUUUGCACACAGGUACUUUUGUGUAACACAGAUGUAGGACUGCUGCAGUGUUUGAUGUAUCUGGUAUGUAAAAGCAGUGACUAAGAUGUAAAUAGAAUUUUCGGAUUUCAUUUUGUAUUUUACUCUACCAGCUAAACACGCUGUAUUGUAAAAUAACUUUUUAAGAAGCACUAUAAAUAAUUAUGAUAUGGGUUAAAAUUACCCAUAUCUGAUGUUCCUCUGAGUUCAUGGGAGAGUCAUUAAGUGAUUGCGUAGUAGCUUAUUGUGCACUUUGACUUUGGGCUUCAAAAUGAAUGGCAGAUAUCCAAGCAAUUAUUUCAGACUCUGUUUAGUAAUGGAGAACCCAAUUAUUUCUGUAGACCGCCUGUCUACAUUUAUAUAGAACCUUUGUUUUGGACAGUCAUAUAUUUUUGAUUGAAGAUUUUUUUCAAGCUUCCUCCUACUAUUUGUGUGUUGUGGAUAUGGACUUAACUUUAGCUUCAUCUUUUUUUAUUUCUACUUCCUUGCUUAUGUUACUUUCAUCACCCCUUCUUCACUCACUCCUGCCUGUACUUCUUUCUUCCUUUCAGGGGUUGACAAGAUGCAUUGGACCUGGAUAUGAGAGAAUUAGACCUCAGCAAUGCUAUUCUCCCUCCUUUUUUCUUUCUCAUUCUUUAUUUCUCUCUCUCGCUUUCUUUCUUUUUUUUUAAUAGCCCAUGUGUGAGUU